CAGAGUUUCACUAUUGUUCCUUCAGUGAGAUGCCUUUCUUUUGUUCACUUCAUUUUGAGUUCUGUGCACUGCAAUCAAAAUGAAAGAAAAGACUUUGUUAUUAUUCGGUAUUCUUUUCCUGAUCAGCUUGUCUACUGGUCAUGAGGAAGGUUUAAUCAGACUGGUUGGUGGUCAAGAUUACUAUGAGGGCCGUGUGGAGAUCUUUCAUGAUGGAGUUUGGGGGACUGUGUGUGAUGAUGACUGGGACAUAAAUGACGCUCAUGUAGUGUGUCGCCAGCUCCAUUUCUCUGGUGCAACAGAAGCUUCACAGUCAUCAACAUUUGGCAACGGGGAUGGCAGAACCUGGAUGGAUGAUGUAGGAUGUAGUGGGACAGAGAAGAGCCUGGUCCAAUGUACAUUUCGUGGGUGGGGGGUCCAUAACUGUGCUCACACAGAAGAUGCUGGUGUUAGAUGCAAAAAUGAAACAAUAUUGAUUAACGGGGAUUACCACGAGUAUGAUGUAGACCACAACACAAGCCUUUCUCAACAGCUGGGGAAACUGUUUGAGAGUGGACAUGACUGUGACUUGAACAUCACAGUGGUGGCGCAAAACAACAGCCUUGAGACAAUCUGUGCUCACAGGGUCAUCUUCUCUCUGAACUCGUUCCUGAAAACUUCACAGCCAGACCUCAGCAGCCUCAGCAUCAAUACCACUUAUGACUGCAGUCAGUACGCCAACAGCUUUGUCAGAUACUUCUACACAAGAAAGAUUAAAUUCACACCAUCCUCUGCUUAUUGCAUUCUCAAGAUGGCAUCUGACUGGGGUCUGACAGAAGUACAGAAUGAGGCUGCAAAUAUUUUCAGACUGUUUCUUCCGGAGGAUCCCACUUUCCAGAAUCAGAGCUCUUUCUAUGAGUUUGCAGUUCAUACAAGGGAUGAGGCACUGCAGGAAGUUUGUCUUCGCUACCUGGCGUGGAACUGUGAGGCGCUGAUCCUUUCCUCAGCCUGGACAAAUCUUCCACUGGGUCUGAUCAAAGCUCUUCUGUCUCGCUCAGACCUUGUGGUUCGUAAUGAAACUGUCAUCCUGAAUGGACUGGAGAGAUGGGCGGCAGCCCGAGGAAACACAACCAUUCCUGAGAUCCUUUUGAAACUCAUCCGUUUCCCACUGAUACCAGCUGGGGACUUAUACACACUUGAUGGCGCACAGUACCAAGCCAGCAAGUUACAAGGGUUUCAGUUUAAUGCUCUGCCUUUUGCAACAUUGCUAAAUGACCUAAGGGAAGAACGACAUGUCUACACAUCCAGGAUUUACACUGGUAAGCCGUGGAGCUUUACCUUCAGCUACCACAUCGUCAAAGCUUACAAAGAUUUUGGGUUCUACGCUCUUGAUGGCCAGAACAUCAGCAGUCUCACAUCUGAUUUCCAAACACCGGUUCAUCACAGUGCCUAUUUUGCUCUUCACAACAUGCGCUGGAAAACAAGGGUCUAUAUCAGUGCUGCAGAUUGCUCGAGUGAAGGUGUCUCUUGUCCUACUUUGCCAGCUGUUAGUUUAAAGGUUGAGGAAAGGAACAGUGAUCUACCCAGUGAGAUGGGACAUAUUCGUUACAGUAACAGGCUCAUUGUCAUGUGUGAUGGGAGGUAUGUGUUCCACAUUCAUGAAUUUAAUGCUACUGAUGGAGAUAAUCUUGUGUUUGUCCCAAGAGGUGCAGAACAAGUCUAUCCAUGCCACUCAAACCUGUUCUCCUACCAGGUGGUGGUGUGUCCUUACUACUCCAUAGAUUAGUUUCUGUUUCCUCUGGGAACUUCAGCAAAGAGGAUAUGGAUAGGGAUGAUUUAUGAACAGCAUAUUGUCUGAUAUCAGGACAAAUUUUUCUUUAAUCAGGUACUUAUACACUCAACAGUUAACAUUUCAUUAUUUCAUUUACAAGAUGUAGUUGACUGAAUAACUGUUUUUAAUAAAUAAAACACAUGUAAAUGUAUGAAGUCAGCAAUAGGAUUCAUACACACAUGCUACAUUCUGUAAAAGG